UCCGGUCCGCCCAAAAAAAUAAUCCUACAAUUCAAUUCGAAGACAUUUCCUGUCACAUUAAGCGCAUACACUUUCUCAACACAAAAUGGUCCGUUCCAGGGAAGAGGACGAAUUCGUCCUGACUCUCUCCGACAACGACGAUGCCCUUCACAGCGACCCUGAGUCCGAUGGCGACUCACAAUCUCUCAAACGCAAGCGGGAUGUGCCCAAAAAUGGUGCUCAAAGCAAGAGACGGAAAACUCAGGACAAGAAGAGCAAGGCCCAGCCACUUGCCUCACCACCACAGAGCGAGACUGAAAGUGAUGAUGAUCAAGGCGUCAACGAUGGCGCUAUAGACUCUGAUUUCGAGUUUGACAUGGGCGCCAACGCAGUUAUAGAAGACCUCGAGGAGUUUGACGGCUGGGGCGAAGGGGCAAACACGAACGGCAACGCAAAGAAGAAGGGUGUCGACAUUGACGAAUUGAUUGCUCGUAGAGCGGCGAAGAAACACAAACCACAGAAUAACGGCACGAAAGUCACCGGGGACGAGAGCGAAGAGGCUGGAGAAGAUCUCCCUGAGGAGGAGGAGGACAUCGAAGAAGAUGGCGACGAGAUACCAGACUUUGAUGACGAUGGGCUAGUAGCAGACGACACUUUCGGCGCAGGUGCAGCAUCCGAAGAUGAAGAAGAAGGAUCAGACAGCGAGGAAGAAGCCGACGAAGAAGCAUCCGAUAACGACUCUGUUGCCUCACCAGUUGCCCACCCAGACGACCUGGCCUCUGACAGCGACAACUCGGACGCUGAAUCAGAUGCUUCGGCAGACCCCGAAGAACAAGCGAAGCGAGCAGCCUUCUUCGCUCCUGAAGAAAAGGCUGAUCGCCCGAAUAUCAAAUCUGUAUCCUCAUUCCAGCAAUUCUCCUUAUCACGCCCCAUCCUACGAGGUCUGGCCGCAUUGUCCUUCACAGCACCGACACCAAUCCAGGUCCGCGCCAUUCCAGUCGCACUACAGGGACUGGAUGUCGUCGGCUCCGCUGUCACGGGUUCCGGCAAGACCGCGGCAUUCUUGCUCCCCAUCCUGGAACGCCUCCUCUACCGUCCACGAAAAGUCCCAACCACCCGUGUCGCUAUCCUCAUGCCGACCCGUGAACUGGCCGUGCAGUGCUACAACGUCGCCACAGCACUCGCCCGCUUCACCGACAUCACAUUCGCCCAAGUCGUGGGUGGAUUUUCGCUGCGCGAGCAAGAGACCAUCCUCAAGAAAAGACCCGACGUUGUCAUCGCUACCCCCGGGAGAUUUAUCGACCACAUGCGCAACUCGGCGAGUUUCGCGGUCGAGAAUGUCGAAAUCCUCGUCCUCGACGAAGCAGAUCGCAUGUUGGAAACAGGUUUCGAAGACGAACUCAACGAGAUUCUGAAGACCAUCCCGAAGAGUCGACAGACCAUGCUUUUCUCCGCCACCAUGACCGACAGCGUUGACAAGCUCGUACGCGUAGGCAUGAACCGGCCAGUCCGCCUAUCUGUCGACGCGAAGAAGAGCACGACAGCCGGGUUGACGCAGGAAUUUGUGCGUCUCAGGCCCGGUAGGGAGAAUUUACGCCUUGCUACGCUAUGCCUCCUGUGCAAGAAUGCCUUCACGGAGCGCACGAUCGUUUUCUUCCGGCAGAAGAAAGAAGCGCAUCGGGUCCGCAUUAUUUUCGGCUUGCUGGGAAUAAAGGCGGGCGAACUCCACGGCAGCAUGUCGCAGGAGCAGCGAAUCAGCGCGGUGAAUGCGUUCCGAGAAGGGAAGACAACACACCUCCUGGCGACGGACCUGGCAAGUCGAGGUCUGGAUAUCAAGAACGUCAUGACGGUCGUAAACUAUGAGGCGCCACAGUCGCAUGAGAUCUAUCUGCACAGAGUUGGGCGCACGGCGCGUGCAGGCCGAUCUGGUAGGGCUUGCACUAUCGCCGCGGAGCCCGAUCGGAAGGUCGUCAAGGCUGCGGUGAAAGCUGCAAGAACGCAGGAUGCGAAGGUCGUGUCACGGGCGAUGGAUACCAAGGAGGUUGAUGCGAUGAAUGAGCAGAUUGAAGGCAUGGAGCAGGAUAUCGAGGAUAUUCUGCGAGAAGAGAAGGAGGAAAAAUCGCUUGCGCAGACCGAAGUGGAGAUUACCAGAGGCGAGAAUCGGAUCAAGCACGAUGCAGAAAUUAUGGCACGUCCGAAACGAACGUGGUUCGAAAGUGAAAAAGAGAAGCGUGAGGCGAAGAUUAGGGGAUUGACUGAGUUGAACGGGCCGAAUGGGGUGGUGAAGGUGAAGGGCGAAAAGAAGAGGUUGAGUAAUAAGGAUAAGAAGAGGUUGGAUCUGCACAGGGAGCGGGUCGACGGGAGAAUGUGGAAAAAGGGGAAGGGAAGCGAGGAGGCCGCCAUCAAGGAAAGGAGGGACAGAAAGAGAAAGAAUGGUAAUGCGAAGGCUGGGCCGAGCAAGACGAAGAGUUUCAAGAAAGGAAAGCCCAGGAGAUAGCUUGGGCAUUCCACAUACGCAAAAGCCGACAGGCUCGAAAUGAAGAAUGACGUCCUUCAAGAAUGUAUCUUGACACAAUAGUCGGCAUCCGUUUUCACUUCUGUCCUGGAGGCUUCAGUUUCC